AUGGCUACCAGGCGAUCGAGAAAGAGUGAACAAAAUUCCAAUUCUUCAGGACUAAACACCAAGGAUGGAACAGAUUUACUAUCAAUCAAGGAAAAGACUCAUUACCUGUUAUAUGGUACUGGAUUUCAGACAUGGGAAUAUUCUCCUCAAUAUGCCAUACGAUCCUAUGCCUAUCUCUUAUUGAAUGCUUUACCAGGCUUUGCACAAGUACAUGUCUUCAAGGCAAAUAAGGUCUUAGUAUUUUAUUUCCUUCGAUUUAUGCUGUCGAUAAUUUGUGCUGCAUCUGAGGCUUAUUUCUACAGCGGAAUUGCUAAGCAGUUUGGGAGCCAUGUUGCYAGAUUGUGUGCUGUUUUUAUGGUGUUCAGUACUGGCAUGUUUAUUUCAGCUGCUGCAUAUUUGCCUAGCAGCUUUGCUAUGUACAUGGUAUUGCUAUCAUAUGGAGGCUGGUUUKCUGGUCAUUACUCUAUUGCAAUAGUUUGUACUGCAGCAGGAGCAUUCGUUGGAUGGCCAUUUAGUGCGAUUUUAGGUGUUCCCAUAGCCUGGGAUUUAUUGAUACGACAACAGAGACGACUGUAUUUCAUUGAAUGGUGUAUUAUUUCUCUUAUUAUUAUUCUGGGACCAAUAGUUUACAUUGAUUCUCAGUUCUAUGGAAAAGUGGUUGUAGCCCCCUUAAACAUAGUCUUGUAUAAUGUAUUUGGAAAGGGAGGACCAGAUCUCUAUGGUGUUGAGCCUUGGWCAUUUUACUUCAUAAAUGGUUUCCUUAAUUUCAAUGUAGUAUUYAUACUAUCUCUAUUUGCAUUGCCAUUCUGGGGCAUCACAAAGCUUCUUAUUGUUGAGAAGCAUCAAAGAAAAUUUCGUUCAUCUAAUGUCCCUGUAUGGUUACCUAUGAUAGCAAUGUAUCUAUGGAUUGGAAUCUUUUUUACCAGACCUCACAAAGAGGAGCGAUUCUUGUAUCCUAUCUAYCCUAUGUUUAUUCUCUUUGGAGCAGUGUCGUUAUCAGAGUUACAGAAACUUUACAACUAUGUUUUUACAAGAACAUCCAAGGAACACUACUCAUCUUCGUCCAUGUGGUUUGUCAUUGUURCUGGUGUAGUGUAUUCACUGCUCUCCAUCUCGAGAUCCAGCGCCUUGUUCUAUGGGUACCAUGCCCCUCUCGACUUGUAUCUUGAGUUAAAUCACAUGAAUGACAGCAUCGACAACUUCAUUCAUCCCAAUCAAAAACAAAUCAAUGUGUGCGUUGGCAAAGAAUGGUACAGAUUCCCCAGUAGCUUCUUUUUACCUUCAGAUAGAUGGCGUUUACAGUUUAUAGAGUCCGACUUUARAGCUCAGCUUCCAAAGCCUUAUGGUCCCGGCAAGAAUGCUACAUAUAUAAUCCCUACUGAUAUGAAUGACAGGAACGCAGAGGAGAAAUCAAGAUAUGUGCCUUUGAAAGAAUGUCAAUUCCUUGUUGACAUGGAUACAGGAAGAGCAUCACCACGAGAACCAAACUACUCUGUAAUGACAAAACGAUGGAAGGUUCUACACUCCAAGCCAUUUCUAGAUACCAGCAGCUCUCAUCGACUUCUAAGAGCGUUUUACGUGCCAUUCCUUUCCGAACAGUACACUAAAUACAACAAGUACAAUCUCUUGUGGUCAUUAACAGAGAAGAGCAAAAAGCACAAACGACCCAAUAAAAAAUAGUUAAUAACAAUGAAGACGCAAAAGACACUAGUGUUUUAUAAAAGUCUUCAUACUUGAAGAUACGAAUAUUUGAUAUAAGAACCAGAUUUGUUAACUGCAUGAAUGAACAGCAAUUUGACCAUCGCCGYCAUGUUGGAUGAAAGAGGGAAUUAGGUCAACGAAAUGCUUUGAUAUUUUCAUUCAAAAUGACGGUUAUGAUGUAACUCUACACGAAUUGCAUCACUCUUGUGUUAUUUAAUAUUAACUUAAUCUUUUUCAUCACAAACCUGUGAAAUACUUAUAGCAUUGUUCGUUUUAACGGGGUUUCGAAAUUCGUUCGGAAUUUGUUCUUCCUGCGACUUGGAUGCGGAACGUAUGCUAUUUAUAGUUCUUCACUCUUCUUAGAUUUUUAAAACAGAUGACUUAGGUAGGAGGUCACCUAUACUUCAGUUCACAAAUACAGCAAUACAGUUUUUCUGCAUUUUUUGUCUAAAAUGGUACUUAGCGAUGGCAUAUAGGAAAGAAAAAUCAGCACAAGCUCCGCCACCGGUUCGCGAGAGASAUCAAAAGCCUCGAGAUCUUGAUGCACAAGGCGUGGAGCACAAGGYGUUUAGUGAUUGCAUACGUUKUUAGAAAAUAAUCUGUAAAAAGGCAUUGCAUGCUAUGCCAAAUGUCCGAAGAACGAUCGAUUGGAAGCUCAUAAACCCGCACAAUACUAAGACCCCUCAUCUAAUUGUAGUCGAAAAAGUUUUACCGUGUUUGGGAGUGGAAAGAGUUCAUGAAAAUGACUUUACAAGACCCAAUAAUGUUAUUCACAAAGCUAAAUGAAAAGUCAGGCAAUUCAAAUCUCGUACCGRCCGGAAUUUGAUCUUUGGGGUAAACAUUCGAGCAUCUCUGGAUAGCCUGAAGUCGUUUACUAUGGGACCUGGACUCGUCCCAGCUUCUAACACUUUGAAUUCUGGCAAUCGCUAUUAGCUCUAUAACAAUCCCUUGUCAAAGGCUUUUGGAUAAAUAUAGAUAUCGCUYUUUCGUACGUACGGUUUUCUAUAUCCAUCAAUGGGGUAGCAUUUCCAAGAACAGCAAUAGCUCCAGCCAUUUGGAGGACAUGUAUGCUUCAUCAGUAUGGGAUGCAAAAUGGCAGACGCAAAAGCCAACUCCGCCAGUGAAUCUCUCUUUUCGAAGUCAUGCGUUGAAGCUACAAACAAGAAAGUCUUUAGAUUUUUAAUUAGAAAUAAUACUAUAAAUGUUUGUUUAACUCAUGAUUUUCGAACGUGAUAUUAUCUAAUAAAUUAUCCAUACAGCCC